AUGCGUCGAUGGGGUCGACACAGAAUAAGUGUCCGUUAUGAAGAGAGUCCUGUUGAGCCAGCUGCCGAUGGCCUCAGAGAAACCGAGACCAUCGUACAGCCAUCGAGGGAGCAAUCAAACGAGCAACGGCGCUUGCUUCCUCCGCCGAAGCUGCGCAGCCGCUUGCCGCUCGUGGAUCCGUCCAUGUUCCAACGUGUAGGUAGAGCGUACAGAAGCCAGUCGGAGAUAGAGAUUGCGACUGGAGCGGCAAUCUCAGCGUCAUGCAUCUCAGGAGUCUCAGCUUGGCCGGCAGUUGUGGGUGGAGAGAAAUCGGACGACUUGGCAGCUUACUCUCCCACGGAGGUGUCGCAGCUCGUACAGUUCCUCGAAUCUGAGUUGGGACCACACGCUGUGCGGAAAGCUCGCCGCGACCAACAUGCCAGAAGACAGCCUAUCGCCUGUGGGGUGCAGAUCAUCAGUGGGCACAGUUGCAGCUAUGCCUGCCGUUACUGCUACAUUCAGGACUGGUACCCCUUCAUCGAGCCCACCCCGACUCAGAUGUCAGGGCAAGAGGUUCUAUUGUCCUUGCUGUCCAACCCGAAUUGGAUUCCUUCCCGAGAUUUCAUCAUUUUGGGCGACGUUUGUGAUCCCUUUCAUCCAAACCUGGAAGUGCGAACGAUGGAGUACAUUCGAGCUGCUGCUCCACUUGGCAGCCCCAUCCAGUUUUCAACAAAAUCCGGCAUCAGCAGACCUGUCUGCGAGCAGCUGCGACAUUGGUCUGAGACCUUCCAGUGUCCCAUAAACGCGUUGGUGACGAUCACUACCAUCAGACAUGUCCAGGAUCUGGAGCCAAGCGCACCUUCGAUUCAGACAAGACUGGACACUAUUCGCGCACUUUCGGCUGCUGGCCUUUCCGUGUUUGUCUUCAUGCGCCCUCUGCUGCCUGGAAGUUGUGAAGACUUUUCAGAAGUUCUGCAUGCUGCGAAAGCCUCUGGCGCUGAAGGUGUGGUGGUUGGCUCCUUGCGCGUUUCCAGGAAGAUUUAUCGACGGCUGCGGCAAUCGAAGACCGUGGACAUCGAAACCGUCGAUCAGCAGCUGAGAGAGAAAGGCAUGGAGCCAAGCAGUCUGACAGAAGAGCAAGUGGACAUCCAAGACGAGCCUUUGAGGGCUGCUGUCGUUUCACAGGCUAGUGCCCUGGGCUUGUUGGCCGUUCGCAGUGUCCGGCAGCGACGUCCAGCGAAGCGAAGGCAGCUUCUGGACGAUGCCUGGACAGGAACAUACGACAUGACGGGCAAGCCAGAUGUCAUUGCGGCAACAGUAGCUGGUUCACCAGAGCACACCGUCAUGCCGACUAUCAUCACGUCAGAGGAGGAGGACGCAGCAGAAGAAAGACGUCCUCUUCAGGUUUCGACCAGCGUGGAGGAGCUCCUGAAGGAGUACGACAGGAGGCUCGGCCGGAUAGAGGCCUGGCACGCAAAGAGCCAGGAAGUUGCUGCUGAACCAUCGCCUCGCCUCAGCAGUCCCCGUCAAGGUCACGGUGCGCAAGUUCACGCUGCGCAAGUCCUUGGCGGAGGCGAUGCAUCCUUCACUAGCGCGCACUUCUCCCUCAAGCGGGAGCUGACCGGCAGCAAAGUCGAUAUCGAAGAGCAAGCGGAGCUGGAUGACCAACAUCCCUUUAGCCGGAUGUGGAUGAACGCCAGGCUGCAGCACCAGGAGAUGUUCGACCAGGACCUCCUGCAGUCCAUUUACGAGAGGUCUGGACAGAGGGCCCGCAACCGGGUUGCAGUCUUCGGAGGCGGCUUGAUGGGCAUUUUGUCGAUGCCUUUCGGGCCAAUUGGCAUGGCUGCGGGUGGACUCUUCGGAGCCUUAGUUGGUAUGCUGAUCGGGAUCUGCUUGGAUCGGCGGCGGUACAUGCGGAGCAUUCAGCAGUCCGAGAUAGAGACCCGACGGUUGAAAAGCUUAGUUCGCUGGUCUGCCGAGCGCUUUGCAGACCAGGAUGACCCCUUGGCUGCAGUGCAGCAUCUGGAGCUGGUUGUCUUGGAAUUCAAGCCCGUUGCAGACAUAGCCACGGCCUCCAAAAAUGCGCGCCGGACCUUGAAACUCUUGGACUCUUGGGCAGCCCGGCGAAGCAUGAUGCGCCAGCUCUGGGCCUACAUGGACAACAUCUUGAUCAACUGGAAGAAGUUGACACAAGCAGAUUUCUUGCGCAAGAUGUUCGGCCCCAAGUACUGCCAGAAACCGCUCGCGAGCUAUCCGGAUCCUUACACCUACAACGGCAAGGGAAAGGCGCUCUAUAGUCCGCCCGUCGAGCUGCCGUCCUCAAGUGCCAGCAACUUCUUUGAGGAAGCAGGGGCAGGAGAAGCAGAGGAGACGGAAGCCCGACGCAAGUUCAACAAGUUCUGCACACAGCCAGAUGGCCUUGAGCCAACAGCUCACCUGACCUAUGAAAGCUUUUGCCGGCUCGUGGCGCACUACGAGGCGGCAUCUUCCUCAGUGGUGCAAUCUUAUUUCUAUGCCAUUGACCGCAAGCGAGACAACAUGAUAGACUUCGACGAGUUUUUCCUGGGUGUCGUGGCGGGAGAUCCAACGACCGUGCACAUACUCAAUUCCUUCACCGGGAGAGAGAGGGCAAAGUUCACGUUCGAUUUCUACGACAUGAACCACUCCGGCCUGUUAGAGAUCGAGGAGUUUGAGCGAGUGGUCCGCGACUGCGCGCUGUCACAGCUUAGCCCCGAGCAGUGCAAAGGCACUGCGCUGGAGAAAGCAGAAGAGCUUGGCCUGCUGGACGACAGGCAGGAUGGUGGCUUCACGCCUCCUGACACAGGCAAGUUCUACGAGUUCAUUAUGACGGAGCGCUUACGCGGCACUUCACGGCUCUUCCGCUUCCAGAAGAGCCUCAUAAAGCCACCGCAGAGCCGGUCGCAGAAACGAGGUCCGCAAGCUUCGGUGGGGGCGGCAGGGCCCACGGGGCCCACGGGGCACAGCACGGGCCCUUCGGAGCCCCAAAGGCCGAGCUCCUUCGUCCCCGCCGCGGCCCCUGCGGCCCCCGCGGCCGCCCCUGGCCAACGCUCGGAGCGAAGCCGCCCCGAGCGCAGCGAGCGCCUGGAGGAGCGACUCCGGCCGUUCGAGCUCCCGGAGGCCGGGCACAAGGAGGAUCCCAUCCCAGAUCUGACGACCGAAGAGCCGGGCAGCGAGCAGGACUCAGAGAUGAGCCCUUACAUCCUGGGCCUCGAAAGCGACGCCCCGAGCCCCGACGCGAAGGAUGUGCCUGUCAAUCUGCCACCCUACGAUGCGUACCUGCCACCUGCGCCUGCGUGCCGCAUCGCGUUGGACGACGGCCCGGGCACUGCCGACGCCGUACUUGCCGCGGAACGCGUCAUGGAGACGCUCAGCGCGGAAGACUUUCCAGGCCUCAUGCCUCCAGCGGAUGGAAGCUUUGUGCUCUUGACAUCUGAUGAGCUCGUCGACCUCUGCAGGGCGGUCCGCCCAAUUCUGGCGGAGGAGGAGAUGAUCAUUCCGAAAGUGGUAGAGCCGAUCAAGGUCUUUGGCUCACUGCAUGGUCAGCUCUGUGACCUUCUAUCGUGGUUUAAGUGGCACAAGCCACCAUCAGACGGGCCCAAAGGUGACCUGCAGUAUGUGAACUAUGUUUUCCUGGGUGACUAUGCAGAUCGUGGAGGUUAUGGACUGGAGGUCAUCUCGAUCCUCUUCUCCCUCAAGGUGCUAUUUCCCCAUCGUGUCUUUCUUCUUCGUGGUCAUCAUGAGAAUCGACAUGUGAACUACCACCUUGGCUUUCGGCAAGAAUGUGAAAGGCGAUUAGGUGCAGCAGGACCCGAGGUCUUUGAGUAUGUGAAUUCUGCGUUCGACCACCUUUCCCUGGCCGCCCUAACGUGGAGCGGCUUCCUGGCGAUGGGGCCGGGCGUUGUGCCCGCAUCCUUGGCGGCCAUGGAUCAGCUCAACCUGUACCAGAAGCCGCUGUCGCUGCCGCAUCCAUCUCAGGCGAGCGAGUUGGUCAGCGAUGACACUGAUAGUGAGCAGAUUUUGCUGGAGCUCUUCACGCCAAGCUCGCUUCUGUCUCGAGACCUGGGGGCAAGAACCGUGCUCGAUGAUCAGUCCCUGAAGGCCUUCUGUGCAUCUCAGAAGCUCUCGGGUGUCAUCUUCGGCCGCCAGAUCCUACCGCACGGGCAUUUGACGGAGGACUGCGUGAUCAGGGUGUGCUCUUGCCUGAACUAUUGCGACCUGUUCCCGGGCAACCUGGCCUCCAUCCUUUACAUCAUGACCGACACGGACUUGACAGCCUUGAUCAAACCGAAGGUCAUGACCAGUUUUCUGGACAAGCAUCACUACCUCUCCGACUGCCCGAACGGGGCAGUGCCUCGGCGAAGCAGCUCGCCAAGCCGCUGGCCCAAGCAGAUUCGCGCGCCAACCCCUGAUCGCAUCAUUGCAGUUGAGCACAGCGAACGCAGGGAAAGCAAGGCCGGUCCCCUCGUGCUCUUCCCCGCGUACAAAGCUUGCGUGCCGAAGAGGGCCCGUCCGGGAUCCACCAUACCGGAUGGCAGACCAGCUCAAGGCAAUGCUUGA